GUUAUACACGGACGAAGCUUCAUCUGAUCUGAACUCGACUCUACGCGACGCAACACACGCAUAAACACAAACACAUACACCUCGAUAAUGUCGGCGCAAGGUUACUACCAACAGGGCGGUGCGCCACAGUACCCGCAGCAAAGGUAUGUACACACUCAUGCAUCACCUCUCCCUGCCUCGCUCCUUCCCAUCAUCUUCGUCGCACUACCCCAAGCCUCAAACUAACGCCUCUCAGCUACGGUCCCCCACAAGGCCAAUACGGAGCCCCACAAGGCCAAUACGGCGCGCCCCCGCCCCAGCAGCAGAUGUACUACGGCCCGCCGCAGGGUCAGUACCAGCAGGCGCCUGCGCCACGUCAGAAGAAGGACCGUGGGUGUCUGUCCGCUUGUUUGGCGACGCUGUGCUGUUGUUUCGUGUGCGAGGAGGGCUGCGAAUGCUGUGCCGAUUGCUGCGAGUGUGCGGCCGAGUGCUGUUAAGUUUGGCGAGUUGGGUUGAGUUGAGUGGUAGAUGGGAGGGGAUACAUACACAACGUGGCUGGCGGGCGCAACGUUCGGUGAACGAGUUCGAUCGGUGCGUGUCCAUACGACAUAUCCAAGUUCUGGGGCUUUUCAUUUGUUCGCAGUAUACACCUGGCAUGAUAUGAGUACAAUACAUGGUCUAUCUCUUUAUCUCCACAUUUCGCCGUGUUAGCUACACUCCAUGUCCCUUCGUCUUACUUUCUCGGUUUCAAUGAGCAGUCUAUGUGUUUCAGACUCAAUGCGCUGCAAUCCUGUUCUGACUCGACUUGACUUCUCAGCUAUUACCUUUCUAGUCUCAUAUUUACAUGUCGCUUAGCAUUCAUAUCUCAUCACAGUCGGAAAAAUGCACCCCAAAAGACCUCCUAUCCCACGUUAUCAUCAUCGACUCCUCUCUAUCACCCUAAAUCGAGCAUAACCUUCUAGAUAGCACUCACGCCAGCGCCGGAACAUUUCCCAUCGAUCUAUCCAGAC